CUCGCUCUUUAUUUUCUUUUCUUUUUUUCGUUUGCCGCGUGUCGUUUUUGUUUUUUUUUAAGUUUUAUUAGUUUAAGUUUAUAUUGCCUUUAUCUAUAAGCAUACGCGUUUAUAAUUAAAAAGCAAAGAAAAAAGACUUCGUGCUAUAGAAAUUAAUCCACAAACUGAAGCAGCAACCAACAUGUGUUAAGGCGUCAUGAGCAGCAGCAACAGCAAGCGAGAGGCGGAGACGCCACCGCUGCCGCAUGAAUUGACUGCCGAAUGGACAGUGCGUGCUCAAUUGACAUUUGCGCAUGGCGGCGAGCCAGUGCAGCGUGAGUUCAGCACGCAGGAUGCAGUGCAGCCAGUGCGUGUGGUUUACAAGUGGUGCACGCCCAGCGAGCAGACUGAGAUCGAAACGGAGCAGGAGAAGGUUGCACGUGCCACAAGCUUUCGCAGCACCAACUCCUCAGCGACUACGUACGCCGACUCGGCAUUUGGCAGUCCACAAGCCUCAAGGCUAGCAACAGUUGCAGGAGCAGAAGCAGCAACAGCAGCGCAGCCGCCGCCUGGCAUAAGCGCACAGCAAUGUGGCACACGCUGUCGCAGCACUUGCAACAUUGUGGUGUCCGCUGUGGCAGACUUUCUGCCGCCGCACGAGCAGCAGCAGCUGGAGACGCUCAACGAGCCAUUUGUUUAUCACAGCAAAGUGCGCGCGCAGCAGCUGCGCGAUGCCUGCAGCCAAACCAGCGACAAUGAGGAGCGUCAACAGCAGCAGCAGCAACAGCAGCAGCGACGUCGAGCUGCUGCCUAUGAUCAGCGUCGUGCCACAACGGAGGCACUAAUGAGCUUUGCCCAUCGACGGCAGGCAGAGCAGGCGAACAAUUAUGCGCCCAACUACUCGCCCACGCCCACAGCCUCCAGCUUGAAAUCCGCAUCCAUGUCGCGCAUACCCUCCAUAGGCAAAACGCCCACUGUGCCGGGCGAGAAGAAGCCGCGCACUGUGCACAUCGAUGUCUACUGCACGGGCUCCGACGAGGAGGAUGAGGAGGAGCAGCGUCAUGCCGACGCUGAAGUCAGCAGCAGCAGCGACAGCAGCCACGAUGCGCAGCUCUACGAGCUCGACUCGAACUCCACGCCGCAAACUGUGCUGGACAAUGAGCAAAUGCUGCUGCGGCAUCGACGCAUCUCGGGCGGCGGCGCCUUGCCACGUCGCUUGGCGCAGCAGCAGCAGCAGCAGCCCAUGCAGCUGGGCCAUGCCAUAACCAAGUGCAGCACCGCCGAGGAGGUCAGCGAGUCCAAGCAGCUGCUGUUUCGCAAGCAUAUCGGGGAUCAGCGUGCCGCCAAGUUGGCCAAUCUGCGCCAGAAAUACAUGCGCCAGGCUAGCGACGAAAGCAGCAGCGCCUAUGCCAACUCCACGCGCUCCACCAUGUGCCGCGAUGCCACCAAUAGCAGCAUUUCGAGCGCAGUGCAUGAGACCAGCUGGAAGGACACGGAUGAGGUGGACACAGCGCCGCUGGUGACGUUGCACAAAAGCGACAGCUUCGAGUAUGAAAACUCGCUGGAUCGUCAGCGCAUUAGGCAAAUGGAGCGUCUGUGGUCCAGGCAAUACUCCACACCCGAGCAGCAGCAGCAGCACUCGGCUAAUCCUCAGCUGGCCACCAUUGCGGAGCUGCGUUCCGCGCGCAGUUCGUUUCAACGCAACGAUACGCUGCCCUCCGAGUCGGACGGACAAUCGGACAAUCCAUUGGGCUAUCCGGCGCGCUUGAGCGUGCAGCCGCGUCCAGGAUUCUUGCAAUUCUUUGGCCCACCCGCCAGCCCAGAGCCGCCGCAAACAGCGCCAGCCAGCAGCGCAGCACUGGGCGGCGAUCCCUUUCGACGUCUGCACGCCGCCUAUCGCUGGAAGAGCGAAGCGCGCGACAAUCUUUGCGUGCCCGCUGCUGCUCCUGGCUCCUCCUCCGAGCGCAGCUCACCGCAGCUCAACUCCAAUGCCAGCACUGUGCUGCGCUGCGGCAGCGAAGCGCCACCCAGCACCACCUCAGCCAACACUUUCGGCACUGUGACUGCCUCGCCGCUGACUGCGCGUCGCUUUGACAUAUCGCGCGAUUCGCCCAGCGAGGCCUCCACAGUCGCCUCCGUUUCGGGCUACACGCGCGAUCAUCUGGAGAAGGCGCGUCGCUUUGGCAGCGUCGUGCCCAUGCGCAAGCCCGGACACCAUGUUGGUCCCACCAAGAAUCCCACUUGCCAGUGCGAGAGCUGCCAACGCUGGUUGGCCGAGCGUUUUCAGCUGCGCGGACGCGCCUUCUCCUUGGGCGAGCGUCCGCCGCUGCUGCGACGUCCAUCGUCGCAAACUUAGCCUAAGAGCAACUGCAAAUGAAUCAAGUGCAUGACUCAUUGCAAUUGCAACUCACUUUAGUUAUAUUCAAGUCAAAUGUAAAUGAAUCAAUUGAUGUGUAAGCAAUUGAAUUGUUAGUUGAUUCAAUCGAUUGAUUGCUUGAAUCGUUUGAUUCGCCGCGUGUUCUUAUUGUUUGAUUAGCUUGCAUUUAACAGAAAACGUUAUCCCAAAUUAAUACCCCAACCGAUCCGAAACCCCCAAAGCCAAACCAAACCCCAACCCAACCCGCUAUUUAUUUAAGUGUAAACUUUUA